CCUCGAUCCUCAAUCUGUCGGCUCCGUCACCCGUGGCACGUAGCCGUGGCCGUACCUGUCAGCUUCGUGGGGGACGGCGGUGGCUCAUUUGUCAGGUACUACUAAUCUCGUCCUAUGAGCUAGCUAUUCGUACCUGGGCCAGGCCAGUACGUAGACAUCUGUACUACACAUUGGCUGAUGAGGUUGAGAUGAGCCUAGUCUCCCUUCACCGUCUCUCCAUCUACUGGGUCAGGACAUGUACAUUCCACCUUGAUGUCGUCCGUGAUGGUUGAUGUAUGCCCCGGCGCAGAACUAUUCAACGAGAUUACAAAUUCGACGAGUCGCUCUGGUUGUUUCCUUCAAUCGAGGAAUUCACAGCGCGCGCGCGCGCGAGUUGGUCAUCACCAAAGCCUUACACUAUGUUUGAUGGCGGCAGGCCUUGGAUCCGAGGCUCCUCCGCUCUUAAUCCGUGAUCCGAGAACCUCUAAUUCCAUCUGUACUCUACCUUACCAAGCUUACCCUGCAGUUCUCCCCCGAAGACCAGGAUCUAGAAGCUCACUCCGUAGGCUAGCAAACAAGUGCCGUUCUGUCAUGG